CAGCAGAUAUUUACUUAUAAAAAAAGUCAAUAUAAAUCCUAAUAAUAGUCCACAUCUAUCAAAGGGGAUGACACGUAUUGUGGUGAAAAUAUAUGAAAACUAUAAGAACAAAGUGUGUGGGGUGACCCCCGGCAUGAGGUCGGGGGAGGCGGCGGAGGGGUCGGAGCUGGCGGAGUUCGGCGCGCGCUGGCCACCGCCGUACGCGCACGGCUACGGCUGGACGCGCUCCGCCACACCGCAGCAUCCGCCUGCGCACCAUCUCGCUAGGCAUUCGCGAUCACAACAGUGGCUGCAGGACAACCGGCAAAGCUACGAGGCGGAGGACGCACGCGCACGUGCUCGCGGCGGUGUUUACUACUCCCCGCCCGGUACCAGCUACACCAUCGUCGAGCGGCCGGCUUCCUCGCACGGCCACCACACCUCCUACCAGCACCACUACUCGGGAAAACUCUCCCGCGCCCCGUAUCUCGGCUCUACUAACAUCGCUAACAGUGCAGCAGGAGCGGCGAGUUUAAGAAACAGCACCAACCACUUAAGUGCCACAAACGGCAAGAAGCGGCCGAUAUCGCCAGAGCAGGUGUUGCGGUUGUUCGGGCAGGGAGGAGCCGCGGCUCUGGGCAAGGCGCUCCCGCCCUCGCAUCCGCCUGCGCCACUGCCUGCACCACUCACCACCAGGAGACAUUCACCAGCAAGCAGCCCCAGCAGCACCACCCACCAUGCGAUAUACCGGGGCGGGGAGCGGGAGCGCGAGCGGCCAUACUCGUCAGGGGGCGCGGCCCCGCCGCCGGAGCCGGCCACGCGCACCGUCACCAUGAGCCGGGACCCCGCCGACUCGCAUGGCUUCGGCAUCUGCGUCAAAGGCGGGAAGGAGGCUGGCGUCGGUGUAUAUAUAUCGAGGGUGGAGGAAGGCUCCGUGGCGGAGCGAGCUGGUCUCCGGCCCGGUGAUUCUAUCCUGCAAGUUAACGGAACUCCUUUCUCAGGAAUCUCUCAUGAAGACGCACUUAAGAUGCUGAAGUCAUGCCGUCAGCUAACGAUGACAGUGCGAACAGCUGGGGCGCUGGUCGGGAGAGCGUCUUGCUCAUGGAUGGACAGGUACGGGAGGCCAGCGUCGCCGCCCCCGCUCCGACCUACGCGCUCCGCCAGCAAAGAUCGAUCUAUACGAAGGGUGGAUCUUUGCAUAGAGCCCGGACAAUCACUGGGACUUAUGAUCCGCGGCGGCCUGGAGUACAACCUUGGCAUUUACAUUACAGGCGUGGACAAGGAUUCUGUGGCUGACAGAGCUGGUCUUAUGGUUGGCGACCAAAUCCUAGAAGUGAACGGACAAUCUUUUGUGGAUGUCACACACGACGAGGCGGUGGCACAGUUGAAGUACCAUAAAAGGAUGUCGUUAUUGGUCAGAGAUGUCGGCAAAGUUCCUCAUGCAUGCACUGCGUAUGGAGAAAGGGACCCGGCACCUAGAAUAAGCGGUUGGGGUAGACGGAGAGGCGCAGCUGCGGUGGCGGUGGAGCAAAAAGCCAGAUCUCUACUGCCGCAGAGUGAUUUACCCGCAAUUGCGUACUACAUGGAGGAGUACGCGGCACGGCGGCUCACUCCCGACGCAUUCCUCACUGUGCUCAGGGAUUUAUUAGAUACGCCGCAGAAGUACACCCUGCUGACCGAAAUCCGAGAAUUUAUGCUUCCCGAGGAUCGACCGAGAUUUGAUGAGCUUGUAUAUAAACGUGGAGAAGAGACGGUCGAUUAUCAUUUUAAGCGGGCAGGAGAGCGCCACAACAUGCUUCCUUCCUCGACGAUGCAUGAAUUGCACGACCCGGAGGGGCCGGUGGAGGCGCCCCUCGUGGCCGACCACCGCUCGCCCUCUGAGGACUCCGGCCUGGGCCUGCCGCCGCACGAUCACUACAGGAGCGGGCGCGCGUGGCGAGCGCCGGACGCGCCACCGCCUGACGACGACCUGGACCCACCGCACGAGGAAUAUGAAGACGAGGGUGGACGAUCACGGCGGCACUCAUCUCCGUGUAACUCCCGAGAGGGCAGCACCACUGCACUGCAUACACAGCACUACGACGACUCGGACCAGUGCGGCUAUCUCGAGGGGCUGCGCUCAUCACUCGGUGGCUGGACGCAGAAAGUUAAAUCAUGGUACUGGGGACGACCUCUAGAGUUAGCACACAAUCUGUCACGAAGCUUCGAUAUGAAAGAAGAGAGCGGUGCUUUGCUUGAGAAUCGAGAGGGCAUCCGGAGGCACCAGUCGAUGCAGCGGCUGCAGCACGGCGAACAGCAGAUGGACGAGGGACGCGCGGCACGUGUGGUGCCCGACCACCACGGCAACUUGCGCAUAACCGUGCAGAAAACCAAACCGAUACUUGGCAUCGCCAUCGAGGGCGGCGCCAACACCAAGCAUCCGCUGCCUCGAAUUAUUAACAUACAUGAGCACGGGGCAGCGUACGAAGCUGGAGGACUUGAAGUUGGUCAGCUAAUAUUAGCGGUGGAUGGACAUCGAGUGGAAGGCCUGCAGCACCAGGAUGUCGCUCGACUUAUUGCCGAGUCUUUUGCUCAGAGAGAUAAACCGGAAAUCGAGUUCCUAGUCGUAGAAGCAAAGAAAUCGAACCUGGAACCAAAGCCGACUGCACUAAUAUUUCUGGAGGCCUAACACCUACUCUCCCUCCCCGCCAGCGACCCACCGGCCGCGCUGGGCAGCGCGAUGCCGGAGGUCGACCUCACCGCGCCCACCACGGAAUAGCCAAUUCCAACCUGCGCUGCCACAUGCUCUUCUAAACGCGCUCAUCAUCUCGAGUCGUGAGCCGCAUCCGCCUGCUCUAGCGCCUCCGCGCCGCUGCGCCUCAGCGCUCUUAACAUCCUCUCUAUACUUCGACAUUUAACAUCUGUCCAUGUCAGCAAGUCGCGAGCGCGCCAGGUGUCCGAUUGGUUGCGGACCACACGGCACAAGUGCGUUUAGCUCUACGGGGAAUCAAGCAAUCGUAUGAAUGAUGUUCACUGAUUAUAACCUUUGCUAACCUAACGUUGCAACGGACUGAAAUGAGUACAACUCGCAAACCGGCCAUAGAUCGACGCAGGUGAAACAGAAGGCUAUGAAGAAUAAUGGCACAAGGGAGGCAAACAACUUUUUAUAUCUUGACGUAUUGUCCAAUAUCGAAAUUAGUUACGAAGCACACUGCCCGGGAGAUUUUAAAUGAAAUUUCAAGUAACUCAAGUACGUCCCUAUUUUCUAUGGGAUAUUUCGGGUAGUCUGAAGUAAAUUUUGUAAAUUGUUUUCUAGUGAAGUAGAGAUUACACCAAUUUUACCAGUAGUCAGCGACUGAAUUUUAUAAAGUAAAUUCUCCUACUUUUACUGAUUACGAUAAGUUCAUCUUAAAAGUCACACAUCCCAGCGGACACGAUUUACCCAGUAAGAUUCGAUCGAUAGAUCAAUUCCGUAACUAAUUUUACUAGUACUAUAGAUGUAAAAUAAAUGACGAUAACAUAGAUCUUACGAAGUUCAUUGACAAGAAUCGUGCAAUUUUGUUGUUCGGCAACGGUGCUCCGAAAGAUAUCACUCAUGACAUGGCAGUUCACAUCGGUAGUGUUUCACUAGUGGUCGAGUAGCGCUUCAAGUUCGGCAUUCGGCAUCCACGACAGUUCACUCGAGCCUCGCCUCAUCCCAGAUCGUUGUAUCGAUGGUAGUGUCGGUAUUGUGUUGUAACAAGCUGUAGUGCCCCCAGAGCUAAUCAUCGUCAUCGGUAGAGCAAGGCUUGCAGCACGCGACACGCUCCUAAGCAAGGUGCUCCUUCCUCACAGAACAUAUUCUUAAAUAAUUCCAAUUUGAUACCCUGCUUUAAAUUUCCGUAAAAGUAUUAUAGACCAGAAAAAUGGAAAACCUUUAGUUGACAUUUCAGAAGCAUAAUUUCCACAAUGAUUAAAUCAAUUCAGUUAGUACAGUUUGCUUAGCGAGUCCGAGUCAAGAAGUGCAUUUAACAGUUGUCAUUCCAACAGGUAGAUAAGCGGUGAGUUAACGAAAUUAUGGCGGAGAGGGAUUUUAGCCCACUCUUUAUUUAUAUACGUAGUUUAUAAGUGAAUGUGUGCAAUAUAAUCAAAUAUUAUUUUAGAUGUUAGAAACAGUAAACGUUAUGUGAAAUACAAUAUUUACCGGAUUAAUAUGUGACAGUUAUAUGUGUUUUGAAUUUUAAAUAAAAUCUUAAAGUAAAGUUUAUGGGCCACAAGGACCGCUACAUGUCUAUACUCCCCUAUGUAUCUAAGUGAGUGUUGCUAGGGCUUUAUAUAACGGCUGUAGAUAUUGUACACUUCCCAACCGACGCGACGCGAUGUUAUACCCUACGAUUACAUGUACUCGUAUGUAAUGUCAUGCUAUCUGUAUCUGAACCUCAUUACUCCUUGUAAUCUGAACUAUUGUAAAUAUAUAUAAUAUCUGUAUCUACUCGUAAGCUGUAAAUAACACGUUUGAAUGUAUUGUAAAAAUUAAUAUAAAUAUUUAUCGAAGUUAGUGCCAAAAGCAUUUUACAAUUCCCUCAUUAUGCGUGUACCCUGUACAGUAUGAAUUAUAUUGUAUUAAACAGAGGUGCUGACGCGGCGUGCGACAGUGCCGUACGGUCUACCUGUAGAUAAUGUCUAAUAAAAGAUUUUAUAUUAUAUUAUAUUCGUAUAUUAUGCUAAUAUAACACCACACAGAAUUAAUAUGCUUUUAAAGUAUUUUAUCGUCUUCAUAUUAUCAUUAUACGAUUUAAAGUCAUUGCCUGUUUUAAUAUCAUAUUAUGUAUUUAAAUUAUACGAAUGUUUUCACGUUGUACACAAGUGCUGAAUAUGUAUCGAUUUUAAAUUUAUUUUCAAGUACAUCCUUAUGUGGAUAGCUUUAAGUCACACGUGGACAUCCGCCUCUUCUUACCGAUUUAACCCUUUGAAAAUAUAUUAAAAUUGAUGAACAGAAUAUGCACUGAUACAACUAUAUUUUUACAUGUAAUUAUAGUUAAUUUUAAAUUAUACCUAAUUGUAUUUAAAAAUUACCUAUAAGUUUGUAUGGUUAUAUUUAAGUGGUCAUGUGUUUAGAAGCGGACGCGGCGGUCUCGCCCGACCUUCUAUUUGAGUCAAUUCAUAAUUUACGUACCUACCUACGUAUUGGACACAAACCAAAAGCAAUUUUAAACGUAGAAUUUAAGUAUUAUUUUAAUACGAUCACAUAAAAUUAUAGGUUACUCGAGCGAUUUCCAUAAUUUCUGGAAUUAAUUUAAUUGUUGUUUUGCCUAUGUUUACCAACGAGUUGCAAUAUUGUUAUUUUAGAUCGCUUUCGAGUCGUACCCUCGUGCACUUUGCAGAGUUGAGUCGCCGAAUGUAUUUCCUAAUUAUUCUAUGCCGUCCAUUUAUGUUCGCGUUUAAUUUGUCCUGAGACGGGUGUAAUGUUAAUGUGAAUUUUUAAAUCAACAUAUUUUAAUCUUAGGUACUCUUCGAUGUGUUGGUAAACAUUACAGAUAUUAAUGCAGUGUUAAACUUCGCGCAGGUGUUUCGUUGAGAAGAUCUAUGUUGUAGUCUGUUGUUAAGUUUGUCGUUGAUGACAAAAAUAUAUUGUUAUCUAGAUAG